AUGCCUGAGCCAUUAUCUUCCCUGUCGCCCGCCAAGCAGAACUCCAGAUCCUCCCCUGUUAAGCUCGAUUUUCUCCAGAAGCCUCUUCCAGAAGCUCUAAAAUCUCCUAGCACCAUGUCCACCACUACUCUCGCGCAGCCCGCCCCAAUUGAUACAACCAAUAUCUCUCUACCUGCCAUGGACGAUCCCAUUCCAUCCCCUACGCUCUCUACUCAGCCUUCGAGUCCGAGAAAGACGUUGUCGCCGAUCAAAUACCGCCUACAAGACGAGUCGAAAGUCGACAGCUCUCCCCCCGGCUCUCCUGCUGAGCCUACUGUUCGCUUCAACGAAGGCCUCACGCGUGCGAUCGACACAAUGCAGCAGGACGCAGAUGCGCAAGAUAAUUGUCUGGAAGAGUCAAUAAUACACCAUGCUCUUGAUGAUGGCAUCGACAUAUCUACAGACUGCACCAAGGAGGUGGAUACAAUGACCUUGACUCUAAGUCUGGAUGAGAAAACUAUCCAUGAUGAUACAAUUGGGGAUCUGAGCACCAUCUCUGCAAUCCCCACAGACCUGACCAGAUUCGCAAAUCUGAGAGACACACCAUCCCAAUCCCGGCAGGAGCCUUGGUCGCCUUCAAAACAACUCAGGCCCUCUGUAAUCACAGGUACACCCGGGACUGCUCAACGUCCCUUGCGCCUACUGUCGGCCACCAGACGGAGCAUUUCAUCGAAUGAGGAGGACGAAGCGACGCCUCGAAGAAGCACCUAUUUCAACGACUCUCCAACGGAUCUCUUGAAUUUCACGGGACAAACAAACAUUUUGAUACCCCCUCCCGGCUCUGCACAACGGCCCAUCAGGAGAAGUCCUUCUGGCAGGAAAGGUUUCCCAAUCAAAGUCAACCCAAGUCCAGUACAUCGAUCGCAAGCUUCCGUGGAUCGCGAACGAGCCUCAGGCCGUUCUCCGCAAAAACAGGACCAAGCUCAUUUCGGAGACAAACCUAUCCCUUCAACACCUGCUACCCAGAGACAUAGCAUGUAUGGCGCAACAACCGGGCUAGGAAUGGAUCUAUUGGAUAUCGACCUUGAACCCAUGGCUACGCCACGGUCAAUUCCCACCAUUACUCCCAGAGAGCUAGAGACCCUUCGGUCGGAAUUGCAAUCACGAAUCUCCGGCCUUGAAGCGACCCUCUCCGGCAAGGAGGCAGAAGUGAUGGCUCUGAAACGUGCCGUCACUGAUGCGGAAGUGCGAGUUGGCAAGACGAGUGAGGAGCUCCGAAACGAGCGUGCUUCUCGGGAGGAGUUGGAACAUGCAAAGGAAGAGUUGGAGCGCCGCAGUCGAGAGAUGGAGGAAGUCCUUAGGGAGGUCAAACAGAACAUCUUUCUCGAGGAACGGGAAAAGGAAAAGCUUCGAAAACAGGCCGAAGAUGCCGAGCGAAGGUCGGAGGAGCACGAAGUACGGAUCCUUGAACUUCAAGCUUCCCUCGACACUCUGCGGUCUGACCGCAUCAAGUCUACUCCAAGCCCCGAGAAGCCCGGCGCACCCGCAACGCCCGGCGUGAGCACCGAUAUUGAUUUUGCCGUCAAGGACGCAACCGAAAAGGUCGCUCGCGAGCUACAUGCAUUAUACAAGAGCAAACAUGAGCGCAAAGUGGCAGACUUGAAGGUCAGCUAUGAGAAAAGAUGGAUCAAGCAAGUCGAACAGCUUCGAAUGGAGCUUAAGGCAUCUCAAGAGGAAGUACUCAAGCUGCAAACAGAGAAAGAAGCAACCAUGAGUGGCAUUAUUCCGGGCCAAAGCGAGGCCAUGUCCAAGAUGGAGGGGCAGAUUGAAGAGCUCCGCCGGUGGAACGAGGAGACUAACGCUGAGAAGAAAAUGCUCGAGGCAGAGGCAGCAGGGCUCCGUGGUCAAGUUGACUCGCUUACUGCUGAGACCGAUUCACUUCGGAAAGAGAUUGAACAAGAGAGGGUGGAGAAGGGCGAAUUGGUUGCCCAGGUGGAUCUUUUCCUGACAAUGAGUGCCCAGCAGGAAGAACAACGCGUCAUGCAACACCCACAGCAGCCCGUCAGUCCACCUCGGAGUGAAGAUGGCAACGGGCGACCAAGUUCGGCGUCAGCAUUAGCCAGCCCCAACAGAUUCAAGAGCAGCACAAACGGUGGAGAGACCAGGUCAGCUUUGCCAGGACGGCCUCGGCCAGUAAGUAUGCUGCAGAAGCCCACGGCUGGAAAAUACUCGGGUAUUCCAGCCCCUGGAUCUGGCCUGAAGGCACCUUCAAGCAACAGCAAAGCUUCUGGAUAUGGAGGUCGCAUCCUGGAGGGUAUUGCUCGAAUGGGUGCCGGCGGGAGAUAA